AUGAGCAGGGCGUAGGCUGCACGAGCAAGCCAAACCGUGAUUGCAGCGUGUACUCUUUGUCGCACAACAUUGUCCAUCGCUAUCUGGGUUGUGUGAUGUCAGUUGGUAGGGGUUGUAUUGCUUUCUGGAACGCAGAUGCUUUUUCGUAGUUGUCAGUGGCAGUUGCCCUCAUCAUUUCCCCACAUCUUUCCUUUUCGUAUGGGCGAAGGUGGCUUGACCCAGAUUUGAUCACCUUCAACUCUUCCAUCAGCGCAUGUGGCAAGGCCUCGCAGUGGCGCUGGGGCCUCCAGCUGCUGGGUUCCAUCCGGGCCGAACUGGCGCGACCCCGACCGCGUCACGCACGCCACGCUGCUGGCGGGAAUGCUGCGGGGGCAGGGCAGCUGGGCGGUGAUGCUGGGACUCCUCGAGGAGCUGCGGAGCACCGCGCGCCCAUCCGUAAGAUCUUACAGCGCAGUGGCUAGCGCGUGCCUGCGGGACGGGGCCCUGGACGCCGCCUUGCGCGUGGCCGAGUGCGCUCGCGGCUCCAGCGUCUCCCUGGAGGCUGCGUGCUACAACCGGUUGGUGAGCCUGUGCGGAGGGCGUCACCGCUGGGAAGACGCCGUCCACACCCUGGAGAUCAUGCUCCGCGAAGGCUCCAGGCCGAACACCGCCGCCCGCAACGCGGCCGCGAGCGCCUGCCUGAGGGGGGCGCGCUGGCGCCUGUCCCUGCGGAUCCUGGACAGCGCAGGCCGCGCGCACGCUGG